GAGAGAGUCGGCACUCUCGUUUCCCACCGAGGCCCGUCCUGUAGUGAAUCCCACGGUGGAGCUGCCAUAAAGCCACGUGAGGAGGUGAGACAGGAGGAAGGUUGGAGCAGGGAAGACGGACCGGAUAGCCUCUGCUCCAGACGUGUGUGUGUGUGUGUGUGUGUGUGUGUGUGAUCGCCACCGCCGUCAAAUAUAGACCGGCAGAUUGAGAGGGGUCUGGAGGAGCAACGGCGGAGAAAUGGACCCAGACAUGGAUGUGAAGAACGAGAUGGAAAUGCUGUCCACAGCCAGACACAAACAAAAUGGGGAUUUAAGUGAGAGCAAGAAGGAUGACAAAAAGAAUGAAAAUAAGGAGAAAAUAGUGCCAAAGAUACCCAUGGUCGGCCCCAUUGCUGUGUUCAGAUUUGCAGACAGCCUGGACAUCGUGAUGAUCCUAACUGGGACAGUGAUGGCCAUGGCCAACGGGGUAGUGCUUCCAUCCAUGUGUAUUGUGUUUGGGGACAUGACAGACAGCUUUGUAAGGGACGCCAUUAUGUCCAACAUCAACAUCAGCAGCCCGAAUUUCUCCCACAUACAAAUAAACAGCACCCUAGAAGAGGACAUGAAUGUCUAUGCCAUCAACUACUCCAUCAUGGGAGCCGUCGUGCUGCUAGCAGCCUACAUGCAGGUGUCCCUCUGGACCUUGACAGCCGGGCGGCAGGUCAAACGCAUCCGGAAGUUGUUUUUCCACCGCAUCAUGCAGCAGGACAUCGGCUGGUUCGAUGUCAACGAGACGGGAGAGCUCAACACUCGUCUCACAGAUGAUGUCUAUAAGAUCCAAGAGGGUAUUGGCGACAAGGCAGGGAUGCUGGUCCAGGCCUUCACCACCUUUGUCACAUCCAUGGUCAUCGGCUUCACCAAAGGCUGGAAGCUCACUCUUGUCAUCCUGGCUGUGAGCCCUGCGCUGGGCAUUUCAGCCGCACUCUUCAGUAAGGUGCUGGCGACCUUCACUACUAAAGAGCAGACUGCAUAUGCCAAAGCUGGAGCUGUGGCAGAAGAGGUGCUCUCCGCCAUCAGGACCGUGUUUGCCUUCAGCGGUCAGGACAGAGAGAUCAAGAGAUAUAAUAAGAACUUGGAGGAUGCUAAGAAGAUGGGAAUAAAGAAGGCGAUCUCUUCUAACAUUGCCAUGGGCUUCACCUUCAUGGUGAUCUACCUAUCCUAUGCUCUGGCCUUCUGGUAUGGCAGUACACUGGUCCUGAGUGGGGAGUACACCAUUGGGAAUGUACUCUCUGUGUUCUUCGUUGUGCUUAUUGGAGCGUUUACGGUGGGACAGGCCUCUCCCAACAUCCAGAAUUUUGCCAGCGCACGGGGAGCUGCACAUAAAGUAUACAGCAUUAUUGAUCAUAAACCGAGCAUCGACAGCUAUUCGGAAGCCGGCUUCAAGCCCGACUUCAUCAAAGGAAACAUAGAGUUCAAGAACAUUCACUUCAGCUACCCCUCAAGACCGGAUGUCAAAAUAUUAAAUGACAUGUCUCUGAGCGUGAAGAGUGGACAGACCAUUGCCUUAGUGGGCAGCAGCGGCUGUGGUAAAAGCACCACGAUCCAGCUGCUGCAGAGGUUCUACGAUCCCCAGGAAGGAUCUGUGUGUAUUGACGGUCACGACAUCCGUACACUUAACAUCCGCUACCUGAGGGAGAUGAUCGGCGUGGUGAGUCAGGAGCCCAUCCUCUUUGCCACUACCAUCGCUGAGAACAUCAGAUAUGGCCGACCUGACGUGACGCAGCAGGAGAUCGAACAAGCUGCCAAGGAGGCUAAUGCUUAUGACUUCAUUAUGAACCUUACCGACAAGUUUGAGACGCAAGUGGGAGACCGAGGGACUCAGAUGAGUGGGGGACAGAAGCAGAGGAUUGCGAUCGCUCGAGCUCUAGUCCGCAACCCCAAAAUCCUUCUGCUGGACGAAGCCACUUCUGCUCUUGAUGCUGAGAGUGAGACCAUUGUGCAAGCGGCGCUCGACAGGGCCCGACUUGGUCGUACCACCAUAGUUGUGGCUCACCGCCUCUCAACCAUCAGAAACGCUGACAUCAUCGCUGGUUUCCAGAAAGGUGACGUUGUAGAGCAGGGGACUCACAGCCAGCUCAUGGAAAAAGAGGGAGUCUAUCAUACACUGGUCACCAUGCAGACCUUUCAGGAAGUCAAGGAGGGGGAAGAGGCAGAGUAUGAGCCGUCUGCAGAUGAGAAGAGCCCAUUAGUCAAGUCCAUCUCUCAGUCCUCUCUGUACAGGAAGAAGUCCAUGAGAGGCUCGUCAUUCGUUGCCUCAGAGGGAGAGAAAGAGGAAAAAGAAAAAUUAAAGUGUGACAAGGACAAGACAGGGGAGGAUGAAAAUGUCCCCCCCGUCUCAUUCCUUAAAGUUAUGCGUCUCAACCUUCCUGAGUGGCCGUACAUUUUGGUGGGGACCAUCUGUGCCAUCAUCAACGGAGCAUUGCAGCCACUGUUCGCUGUCAUCUUCUCCAAGAUCAUCACUGUGUUUACAGAAAUAGAUCAAGAGGUUAUCAGGCAAAAAUCCACAUUCUUUUCCCUAAUGUUUGCUGCUAUUGGAGGUAUAUCCUUUGUCACCAUGUUUCUCCAGGGCUUCUGUUUUGGUAAAUCUGGAGAGAUUCUGACCCAGAAACUGAGACUCGGGGCUUUCAAGUCAAUGAUGAGGCAGGACCUCAGCUGGUAUGACGACCCCCAAAACAGUGUUGGAGCGCUCACUACGAGACUAGCCACAGACGCUGCCCAAGUACAAGGGGCUACAGGAGUACGCAUGGCCUCACUGGCCCAGAACUUUGCCAACAUGGGCACCGGCUUGAUCAUCUCCUUUGUGUACGGCUGGGAGCUGACCUUGCUCAUCCUGGCUGUUGUGCCCGUCAUGGCAGUGGCUGGAGCUGUAGAGAUGAAGCUGCUCACUGGACAUGCAGCCGAAGACAAGAAGGAGCUGGAGAAGGCUGGAAAGAUUGCUACAGAGGCCAUCGAGAAUAUCCGUACUGUCGUCUCUCUCAACAGAGAACCCAAGUUUGAGUCUCUUUAUCAGGAAAACCUCAAAGUGCCAUACAAGAACUCCCAGAAAAAGGCCCAUGUGUACGGUAUUACCUUCUCCUUCUCCCAGGCCAUGAUCUACUUUGCUUAUGCAGCCUGUUUCCGAUUUGGAGCUUGGCUCAUUAAGAUGGAAAGGAUGGAUGCUGAAGGGGUAUUCCUUGUGAUUUCGGCUGUUUUGUACGGUGCCAUGGCUGUCGGAGAGGUCAACUCCUUCGCUCCAAACUACGCUAAGGCCAAACUGUCAGCUUCCCACCUCAUGAUGCUGAUGAACAGACAGCCCGCCAUCGAUAACCUUUCCCUGGAAGGAGAGGCACCGGUAAAAUUUGCUGGUAACGUGCACUUUGAGGUUGUUAAGUUUAACUACCCCUCGCGAUCUGAUCUGCCCAUCCUCCAAGGGCUGAAUCUAAAGGUGAAGAAGGGAGAGACGCUGGCCUUGGUGGGGAGCAGUGGCUGUGGAAAGAGCACAAUCAUCCAGCUGCUGGAGAGGUUCUACGACCCCAAAGAAGGGAGCGUGUUACUGGACAAUGUAAAUGCAAAACACCUGAAUAUCCACUGGUUGAGAUCCCAGAUAGGCAUUGUAUCCCAGGAGCCCGUGCUGUUCGACUGCACUCUAGCCGAAAACAUCGCCUAUGGAGACAACAGCCGCACGGUAACCAUGGAGGAGAUAGAGGCAGCUGCUAAAGCAGCCAACAUUCACAACUUCAUAGAAGAUCUGCCACAGAAGUAUGACACUCAGGCAGGUGACAAGGGAACGCAGCUGUCGGGUGGGCAAAAGCAGCGUAUAGCCAUAGCACGAGCCAUCCUGCGCAACCCUAAACUGUUGCUGCUGGACGAGGCCACUUCCGCACUCGACACUGAAAGCGAGAAGGUGGUGCAGGAAGCGUUGGACCAGGCCAGGAAGGGCAGGACGUGCAUCAUCGUGGCCCACCGACUGUCCACUAUCCAAAACGCAGACCGCAUCGCCGUCUUGCAAGGAGGAGUGGUGGUCGAACAGGGGACGCAUCAACAGCUACUGGCCAAGAAGGGAGUCUACCACAUGCUGGUCACCACACAGAUGGGCCAUGGCAGGGAAUAACAGGACACGCAGGGAGCAAUACUACACCAAUUAUUUUUUAUCUCUACGUUUCCAGAGGGCUGGAUUAAACACCUGUGCCUUUUAUCAUCAACUCCCUGCCUCACAUUUUUAUAAUUCUACAAAUUCAGACUGAGCAGUUUCAGUGGAACAGUCGGGGAGUGGAUGUGCUGAACAUGACCCGGCCUGUUUGGGGAUGUAAUCUUUUAGGCCUCGGACUUGUGGCUGUAGCUCCUUGGGUGAUAUAGUUUGGUUGUGUUAAGACAAGUAACCUUUCAGUCAAAAGCCCAAGUCUAACUGUACUACUGUUCAUUAGUUCAUUAGUUACUUUUAUAAUUCUUUUACGCAGAAAACAUUUUGACAUGUCACAGUAGGAACAGUGCUGGUGUAAAUUAUAAAAAUAGCGAUUGAAUUUCAUUUAGCUGCAUCAGUUUCAGGGUCCCGGUGUUGUUCAUGCUGGCUCACUGACACAUUGUCAUGUCUUACUGAAAGUUGCUUGAAAAUAUUAGUGUCCUUUAUUAGUGAUUUUUACUCAUGACUACGGUUAAAAAGGCUUUUUGUAUUGCACUUUCUCGUUCUUUGAUGAAUACUUUGAUUGUCAUCAUGCAGUUUAACAUUUUAUACAGUCUGAGUUAAUAAUUGAGCAGAAGUGAGUGAGCAGUUUAACCUAGGAAAAUAUUGUCUAAACAGGGGAGUGCGGGGGUGAUUUCAAAUUCACUUACUUUGGCUGCAAUGACUAAGAAUCUUAUUUUGUUUCUACAAAUGCACAGAAUUACUAACCUUUU